GCUUACAGUUAAUUUUCAGUAGAAGAAGAAAAUUGUGCGUCGAUCAAAUAGUUCCUUCCCUUUUCAAAAUAAUCGCUCGUAGGCGGAGCAGAAGGAUGGAUGCACUCACACAGAUGCUCACACACCCUCUCGACUCCAAAGAGGAGCUCGGAGGAGAAGCCACAGAGGAGUGUUUGCUUGGAAGCUGCAAAGUGAACCUUCCAGAGGAUCUUCUGGAGGAUCCUGAUAUUUUCUUCUCUGUGAUGAGUGAAAGCACCUGGAGUGAAGUACUAACAGAGUCUCAGAGACGACACCUUCGCCAGUUUUUGCCGCAGUUUCCUGACAACAGCGCUGAGGAGCAGGACCGCGCUCUCAGUGAUCUGUUCAACAACAGGAACUUUAACUUUGGAAACCCUCUCCAUCUGGCACAGAAGCUCUUCAGAGAUGGUUACUUCAACCCUGAAGUGGUCAAGUACAGACAGCUGUGUGCCAAGUCUCAGAGGAAGCGCCACCUGCACUCCCUUCAGCAGUACUACCACCGACUCCUGAAGCAGAUUCUCGUCUCCAGAAAGGAGCUGCUGGACUUUGCUGUUCACAAUGGUCUGGACUUCCCACCCAAAAGGCAGCUGCACAACAAAACUCAAGUAGAGAUGCGGGAGCCAAGAGUGAGAAGGAGGCUGAGUCGCAUACUGAAGGAGGUCAAAGCCGAGUGUGGAGAUAGCGAUGCUUCCUCUGAUGAUGAUGAUCUGUCAUUAUGGACUCCAGCACCUCCGUCCCCCUCCUCUCCGACGCCCACCGUUUCCCUCAGAGUCCUUCCCAGUCUCUCCACUCCAGACAUGAGGAUUACUGAAAAAGUAGAACUAGGUGAGCUGGACUUAAAAGUCAUGCUGCAAAACCACCGUGAGAAGAGGAAACGUCAGCCGGACCAUCCAGACUUGGUAACCUCUGCCAUCCAUCUCGGAGACAUGCUCGCAAGAGCCAAUCUUGGUCGGAAGGGAGCUUUGCCCCUCUUUGAUCUGUCUCUGCCAAAGAAAAAGAUAAAAGAGGAGAGAAGGAAGAAAAAACUGAAGGUGAUAAAAGUGGAAUCAGAAGAUCCGUGUGAGACUCUGACUCCAUCAGACACCUCCUCAGCUCCGCCCGUGAGCAUCGUCCCGCCCCUGCCUGAUGCGCCAUCCACGCCCCUCACCAACAUCAAGGAGGAAGUUGUGGAUGAGAGUCAGAGCAGCCCGGUUCCUGUAGAGGAGAUAACUUCCAGUUUCUUCAGCUUGCUGGAAAGCGUGUUGAGAGUGGAGGGUGUUGCCAGUACCUCAGUGCUGGAAGAGAAGGUUCAAGCGUGGCAGUCCUCUCCAGCCAGUUCACUCAACGCUUGGUUUUCCUUCGCCUCCUGCUGGUCCGAUUUGGUCCUUCAAGCUCUACAGUUUCUUGCAGGAGAGACCAAAGAUGGCAUGAUGGCGCUCCCCAGUGGCUUUUCCCCCUUUGCAGAAUUUGUUGAUGAGUUUCAGCAGUGGAGGUGGAUCGGUCCCAGUCAGGAUACAGAGAAGGAUCUCAGUGCGCUCUGUCAGCUCUGGCUGGAUUCCAAAGAUUUUGUUGUCAAAACAGAAAGUGAAGACAUGGUGGAGAUGGCUUCUCCUCCACCCAAGCUGUCCACUGAUUAUGUGGUGCGUCCCAGCACUGGAGAUGAGAGACAAGUGUUUCAAGUCCAGGAGCAGCAGCGAUACAGCCAGCCUCACAAAGCCUUCACCUUCAGGAUGCACGGGUUUGAGUCUGUGGUGGGGCCCGUUAAAGGCGUGUUCGAUAAGGAGAUGUCUCUGAACAAGGCCAGGGAGCACACACUGCUUCGCUCAGACCGGCCGCCAUACGUCACCAUUCUCUCGCUUGUGCGGGACGCAGCAGCCAGGUUACCCAAUGGAGAAGGAACUAGAGCUGAAAUCUGUGAACUACUGAAGGACUCUCAGUUCCUGGCUCCAGAUGUCACAAGUGCACAGGUGAACACGGUCGUCAGCGGCGCGCUGGACAGACUCCACUAUGAGAAAGACCCGUGUGUUAAGUACGACACUGGCCGCAAACUGUGGAUUUACCUGCACCGCAGUCGCAGCCAGGAAGAGUUUGAGAGAAUCCACCAGGCUCAAGCUGCUGCUGCAAAAGCUAGAAAAGCUCUGCAGCAAAAGCCUAAACCUGCAUCAAAGCCGAAAUCUGGAAGCAAAGACGGAAGCAGCAAAACUUCUGGAUCUGCAGAGGCAGCGCAGGAUAUAAGCGGUGAUCCCAUGUCUCCCAUUCCUACAACACCUGGUCCAAACACUCCUGGAACCCCCAAGUCACCCCUCCCCUGCACAGCCACCACGCCUACAAAGACCGGCGUCCCAGAUUCGAUCAAAGCCAGCCCGGGCGUUCUACUCGUGUCUCCUCCUUUGCUGCCUCAGCUGGGAACAAUCUUACCCCCGAGUCAGGCUUGUCCGCCCGUCUCGCAGCCAGUGUCGUCCCAACCAGCUGCUCGGAUAGUCAGCCACCUGGCGGCAGGCUCCCUCCCUCAGGUGCGAGUCGUUUCUGAUCAGCCUGGUCUGGGGUCAGCUGCUGCAGGUCAGCAGGCCGCUCUGGUCCAGCAGGCCCCGCAUCAGAUCCGGAUGCCUGUGUCUGUGGCAGCCAAAGGCCUUUCACAGGCGGUGGUGUCUGUGCCUGUGAGAAGUCAGUCUGGAAGUAGUCCAGUCCAGGUCCCGGCCAGCCUCCCAGUGUCGGCUCUAACUGUCGCCAAACCACAGACCGGGUCUCCUGGCAGUCCGGCCAGCGUCCCGACCUCUCCAGUUGUACCCAACAUCAAACAGGUGUCCAUCACAGGCCAGCUGGGAAUGAAGACUCCGGGCGGAGCAGGAAUUCCCAUAUCGGCGACAAACCUGCGGAUCCAGGGUAAAGAUGUCCUGCGCCUUCCGCCGUCCUCCAUCACCACGGACGCUAAAGGACAGACGGUGCUCCGGAUAACCCCAGACAUGAUGGCAACCCUCGCCAAAUCUCCCGUGGCGACCGUAAAACUGACAUCAGACUUUCUGGGCUCUGCCGCCUCGGGCAGCAAGAGCAUCUCAGCCACGCUCCACGUGACGCCGCCUCACCCUUCCUCCUCCUCCACUUCUACGGUUUGUGCCGCAGAAUCCCAGACAACAAAAGCCAGCCCCAUAGCCUCCACGGUGCUGAAGGCGGGCGGCGACACAGCCAUACGUUUGAUGCCCACUCUAGCCGUGUCUGUGGCUGACCAAAAAUCCAGAACCUUCUCCACGGUGGCCUCCCCCGACAAGAGCGGCGCCACCAUCCGGAUAAUGCCAGGCCUCGGCGUUAUUCCCCAGAAACAGGGUCAGACGAUCACAAUGACCUCCGCCUCAGGAACCAAACCUCUCACAGCGUCCACGUGUGCUAACAUUGUGACCAUGGCUGCCAGCGUUGUGGGUGGAGCUAAAGGCAUCACGGUGGCUCCAGGAGCCUCUGGGUCUCCUCUGGCUCUGGGAACAGCUGCUGCGACUGUGAGACAGGUUCCCGCUACAGUCGUCACGACACAAACGGGAAAGCUACCUGCUCGGAUCACUGUGCCGCUUUCUGUCCUCAACCAACCCCUGAAGAGUAAGGGCAUUGUGUCCACGCCGAUCGUCAAAGGAAGCCUCAACACAAAUAUUAGCAGCCUGGGCAGGAACAUCAUCUUGACCACGAUGCCCGCCGGUACGAAGCUGAUUGCGGGGAACAAACCGGUCAGUUUUGUCACGGCGCAGCAGUUCCAGCAGCUGCAGCAGCAGGGCCAGGCCACACAGGUUCGGAUCCAAACGGUUCAGACGCAGCAGCUCCAGCAGCAUGUGGCAACCGGCUCCCCAAAGUCAGUUUCAGCCGUUGUUGUCACAACCGCCCCUUCACCUAAGUGUGCUCCUGACCCGCCACCCGCUCCACCCCAGCAGUGAGCUGGUCUGUCGAGGUCCAGUUCUCCACACGCGUCUGCAUCCGGAGGUUUCUGCUCUCAGAUCAUCCUUCUUUCUCCCGUUUCUUCUUCUACGAACAUGUUUUAGCCUGAUCACUUUCCUCUGGACGAGGGUGUUCUCCAUUGUCCCACCAUCAUGUGUAAAACGUUCUCACCCUCUGUUCUCCACAUUAUUACACACAUAAAUAUGAGGAAGCAGCUGUUUCUCCACAGAAAACCUAAAAGGCUCUUUUCCUGCUUCGUUUCCUUUAAUUAAAUCACAUAGCAACUUUUUGGUUUACAUUAAACUAUUAAAACAA